AUGAGUGAUCAGACAAUAGAAUCGGAUGCGCACAUUGUUUUCUUCGGAAUGCAUAUCGAACUAUACCAGUGGAUAGCUUUCUUUGCUGGAGCUCAGAUGGUGAGAAUCGCAUUGGAAAGUACUUGUGGUUCGACUGGCUUGGGAGGCAUGGAUGUCAUUUCGCGCAAAGACUCCCAAAUCUGUAUCAUGUACUCACCUACCUUAGCCUAUUUAUCUAACUUGACAGUCCCAAUCCUUUACGUGGGCUACUCGCUCAGUUUACUAUUAGUGGUUGUAUCUUGUGCGUCGUUGUAUAUGAUCAAGAAGAAAUUCAUCAAAGGGGUUAUCAUCACCGCCUAUCUGAGCUAUGCUUUGACAGUGUUGAGCUUUGCCGACUCAUUGACGACUUUGAUUGCCACAGUCAUAGCUAGAGAUCAACGUGUCGCAACUUGUGCCAGCCUGUACCUUGACACUCCUCCGUGCCCAGGAUGUGACACCCAUCAGUUCUGUGCUGAAAUCAUCACAGCAUCGAUAAUGUGGCAAUCUCUCGGUGUUGUUUUCAACCUUGUCAUCAAUUUGUUCCUAUCACUUGGAAUUCAUCAACAUUGCAUCCAAACGAAGAAAGUUGGCAAGAUAAACAACGAUGAAAAACCCACUGUUGAUUUCAAAGUCGACCUGGACGCUGAAGGCUUUCAAGUUGUGGAGUUGAAAUAA